AAUUACCCGGUGACAGUCAGAGAAAGAAGUUCUACGAGACAACAUUUUUUAUAGGAAAGAAACUACAGUUCGCACUGGAUAUUAACUGCAAAAUGACUUUUGAGGAACUAAACGGAGAUUACUCUAUAGAAAGAAUGGAUUCAGUGUCUAAAGCUGUAGAGGAGGUCCUGCGCUCUGCAUUACCUCAGGGAUGUAUUACAGUUGGAGUCUACGAGGCUGCAAAGUCACUCAACGUGGAUCCCGAUAAUGUGGUGUUGUGCAUCCUGGCCACUGAUGAUGAUGAUGUGAAGGAUGUGGCACUUCAGAUUCACUUCACUCUUAUUCAAGCUUUCUGCUGCGAGAACGAUAUCAACAUCCUGCGCGUGAACAACACCCGCCGCCUCGCGCACAUUCUCGGGGGCGCGGGUAUGCACGGGAGCGAGCAGAUCGACCUGCACUGUAUUCUGGUCACUGUUCCCCAUGCAUCCACAUGGAAAAACCCAGCUCUGGGAAAAGUGAAGCACUUCUGUAGAGAGAGUCGCUGUAUGGAUCAGUGGGUGCCCAUUAUUAACCUUCCAGAACGAUGAAGACCACUUAAACCUAUAUGGAAAUCCAUGGAUAUAAAAUAUCUAAAUAAAAAGAUAAAAAAGCGUGAUAGUCCACAAAAUGGGACUAACCCGAAGAAGGAAUACCCUUUUGCAAUCUGAGAUGAUUCAGCAGUUUUUGGCUUUGCUCGUGGGACAUUGUGAAGACGUCAUAUGAAGCUAAUUGUGAAUGAAAAUGAGCACCUGAGUAUCUUGUGGCAGUGUGUUAGGUGGCCUAAAGCACUCCAGUUAUUUACAGGAUAAUACAAAACAAUGGAUAUUUGGAAACAUGCUGCCCUUAUUUUAUAACCAUUCCUUGUACCUUUGCCAUCAUAUUGAAUAGUACAUCAAGAUAUCAUUACGUGUGUUGUAUUAAUGUUGGGAAAACUCUUCUAAAUGGACUUGCUUCUAAACCACUGAGAUGAGAACUAUGCAUUUACAGUAUCCUGUGAGAACUGUUUUUUACAUAAGUUAAUUGUUCUUUUGUGGUCUUUAAAUUAUUCAUAUUAUAUUCAUUUAAAAGUAGUAUUUAUGUGAACUUUUUAUACUAUUAUAUGCAAACGUGAAAUGCAGCAGUAUGUAUUUUGUGUUGGAAU